AUGGCCGGAGAUGUUGUUUACACCGUCGAAUUUCAGAAGCGUGGUCUGCCACAUGCGUAUUUAUGUGUCUUUAUGAAAGCUGAUCAUAAGGUUCCUACUGUUGAACAUAUCGAUCCUUUUAUCUCAGCUGAGAUUCCUGAUAAGAAUGAAGAUCCUGAAUUAUAUUCUCUGGUGUGUGAGAUCAUGAUUCAUGGUCCAUGUGGACACGCUAACUUGAAAUGUCCAUGCAUGGUAGGCAACCGUUGUUCUAAGAAUUUUCCAAAGAAGUUUUUGGAGGCUACUUCUGUGGAUUCAGAUGGAUUUCCCCUUUAUAGGCGAAGAGAUGACGGUCACACAGUUGUGAAGAAGGGUGUCACAUUGGACAACAGGAGCGUCGUUCCAUACAACAAAAGGCUUCUUAGAAGAUAUCAGGCGCACAUUAAUGUGGAGUGGUGCAAUCAGGCAGGUUCAAUUAAGUAUUUGUUUAAAUACAUUAAUAAAGGACCAGACAGAGCCACUGUUGCUGUUAUAGAUUCAAACAGAGGAAUUGAGGAGGAGAUACCCAAAGACGAAAUAAAAGAAUAUUAUGAGGCUAGAAAUGUUUCCGCAUGUGAAGCCAGCUGGAGAAUAUUUGCAUGUGACGUUCACUAUAGAUAUCCAUCUGUUACGAGGUUACCAUUUCAUAUUCCAGACCAGCAAAAUGUAGUAUUUAGUGGUGAAGAUGAUAUUGAAGAUGUCCUAAACAAACCUCAGGUUAAUUCUUCGAUUUUUCUUGAGUGGAUGAACAUGAACAAUUCCAAACCUGAAGCAAGGGAACUUACUUAUGUUGAGUUUCCGUCAAAGGAUGCGUGUUAUGCAUGUGGCCUUUUAGACGAUGAUAACGAAUACAUUGAAUGUAUAAAAGAAGCCAGUUUUACAGGAAAUGGUCAUUAUCUCCGUUCUUUGUUCGGUACACUUUUGCUGUCUAAUACGCUUUCAAGGCUAGAAGUUGUUUGGGAGAAGACAUGGGAGCUUUUGUCGGAGGACAUUUUAUACAAUAUGCGGAAGGAUUCUGGCUUUAGUGGAUUGGUUGUUUCAGAUGAACGUUUAAAGAAUAUAACGUUGUCUAAAAUCGAAAACUAUCUUAUUCGUAAUGGAUCCAGCUUGCAUAGAUUCUCACCAAUGCCUGUUCCUGACGAAAAUUCCACAAUAUAUGAGACCAACAGUCUGAUAAACGAGGAGCUUUCAUGGGACAUGGAUGAAGUUAGGGCUGAGUUCAAUAAGCUUCGUAAUUCUUUAAAUGAUGAUCAAAGAGCAGUGUAUAACCAGAUUAUGGCUGUUGUUCUACAUGGGAAAGGUGGUGUUUUUUUCGUGUACGGUUAUGGUGGUAUAGGUAAGACAUUUCUGUGGAUAACCUUAGCUGCUUACAUUAGAUGCAAUGGACAUAUUGUUAUUAAUGUGGCUUCAAGUGGGAUUGCAUCAUUGUUGUUGUUACGAGGUUGUACCGCUCAUUCAAGAUUUCAUAAUCCAAUUAAUCUUAAUGAAGAUUUUGUUUGCCAUAUUAAGCCUAAUUCUGAAAUCGCUAUUCUUCUAAAUGAAGCUAAGUUGAUUAUUUGGGAUGAGGCACCGAUGGUACACAAACAUGCUUUUGAGGCUCUUGACCGUACAUUGAAAGAUGUUUUGAGUGUCUCUGAUUCACGAAAUUAUGAACUUCCAUUUGGUGGAAAGGCUAUUGUCUUUGGUGGUGACUUUAGGCAAAUCCUACCGGUUGUACAAAAUGGAAGCAGUACCUCAAACAUCGAGGAGAUAAAAGAAUUUGGUAAAUGGCUUCUUGAGAUCGGCGAAGGUAAUGUUGGUGAUUCUAAUGAUGGUAAUUCAAGUAUUGAAAUACCUGAUGAUCUUUUAAUAACCGAUGAAAACGAUCCAAUUCAAGGUUUGAUUGACUUUGUAUAUCCUUCAGUUCUUGAGCGUUUUACAGACCGUGACUACUUUUCUGAGAGAGCUAUACUCGCUCCUAAGAAUGAAGUUGUUCAUGAGCUAAAUGAUCGUUUGCUGGCAUUGUUUCCUGGUGAAGAAGUAGAGUAUCUUAGCUCUGAUAGUAUAUGCCCGAUUGAGGAAAUUAACGAUCCAUUACAUCAAGAUUUAUAUAAUCCUGAUGUGUUAAACAGUGUGAAGGUUUCAAGAUUACCAAAUCAUAGAUUGGUAUUAAAAUUGGGUGUUCCGGUCAUGCUUUUGAGGAAUAUUGAUCAACAAAACGGUCUGUGUAACGGUACACGUCUUCAAAUCACACGUCUUGGUAAACGUGUUAUCGAGGCUGAGAUAUUAUCGGGAGGUAAUGUUGGUUCAAGAACUUACAUCCCAAGAAUUAGCAUGAUACCAUCGGACAAGAAAAUACCCUUCAAGUUUCAACGAAGGCAGUUUCCAAUAACUGUAUGUUUUGCGAUGACUAUUAACAAAAGUCAAGGUCAAUCUCUAUCCAGAGUUGGUCUAUACCUGAAAGACCCAGUUUUCUCACAUGGUCAGCUUUAUGUUGCAUUGUCGAGAGUAAAGACCAAAGAUGGCGUGAAGCUUUUAAUAUUUGACAAAGAUGGGAGGCCAACAAAUAAAACUGCAAAUGUUGUUUACAAAGAAAUAUUCGGGAAAUUGUAA